UUUAGCAUUCAGUACGAUCCGUAGACGGUUACUAAAACAACACCCGGCUCUGACAGCUCGAGAACGUUGAGCAGCCUUCGACAGUUCAGAAAAGAUAACAACCAGUGCCAAAACAAAUAGUUGCAAAUCAAAUUACCUCUCCGCCAAGUUGUAUUUUAAUUGCAUCCGAAGAAUCAGAAUGCAGUACCCACUUAUCGUAGCCUCUCUGCUGGUUUGUCUCGUUGGCUGCAGCUCAGCCGGCGGUAUGCCCGACUACAUCCAGGUGUGCCAUCGCAACGACCCCGAGCUGUCGAAGUGCCUGAAGAGCAGUGUGCACAACCUGCGGCCCUAUUUGGCCAAGGGCAUCAAGGAGCUCAAUUGUCCCCUAGAGCCCCUCUACAUUGGUGACCUCAGCAUAUUGGACGGCUCCGGCGGGCUGACAGUCAAGGCAAAGAAGUUGAAUGUCCUGGGCGCCUCGAACUUCGAAAUCACAAAGCUGCGCGCAUCCACCCAGAGCCGUCGCUUUGACUUCGAGCUGAUCCUGCCACAUCUGCACGGAGACGGGCUCUACGAGAUCAACGGGAACAUCCUGGCCCUGCCCGUCAAGGGGAACGGACCCUUCACCGGCAACUUCACCAACUUCGUGGCCUACGUGCGGGUGCAGUACGACAUCAAGAGCAUCAACGACCUGGACUACCUGCACGUCAAGGAGUUCGCUCUGAAGAUCCGCACAGGAAAGGGAAACCUCAAGCUCGAGAACCUCUUCAACGGAGACAAAGUGCUCGGCGAUGUCAUCAAUGACACGAUCAACCAGAACUUCGAGGUCUUCACCAACGACCUAAUCGCUCCGAUUGCCCGGGCUUUGGAAGCCAAGUUCCUCGUCAUCACCACCAAAAUCCUGGAAAACUUCACCUACAACGAGCUGUUCCCAGUCUAAGGCAAAAUGUGAUUAAGCUAGAGUUAAGCACGUGAUACACUCCAAUUGUUUUAAUUAGUCCUAAAGUAUUCAAUAAAUCAUCAGAACUCCAA